ACAGCCAACUGACUGUUUCUUAACGUUGGGACAAACAUACGUUUCUUUGUUAUAACUGGACAUUAAACACGGCUGUGGCUGUCUAACCGAGUCUCAGAUGAGGAGGUGACCUGAGAGCUGCAGACCUGUCAGCGAUGGAGGAUUUUUGGGGUUUGGCUGUGCAGCUUCUCCACGUCUGGAUGUUCGUGGUGUUUUUCCUCAUCAUGCUGCCCGCCAUGUUCGGCCUCUCUCUGGGGGUCACCGGGGUCUACAUCCAGGUCCUGGUCCACAUCCUGGAGUGGGCCACGUUACGGAUCCAGAGAGGACGCCAGCAGCAGCCCAGCGUGCCCGUACCGCUGCCCAACGGGAUUAUUGAGCAUGCCGGGGGCUCGAUGGAGGAGGAGAUGGGGCGACUGCGUUCUGGCUCGCUGGCGGAAGGCAAAUUUUGUCUGAGCGAUGUCUUCUACUUCUACAAGAAAGGUGUGGAGAGCAUCGUGGACGAUCAGGUGACGCAGCGCUUCUCGUCUGAGGAGCUGAACUCCUGGAACCUGCUGACCAGAACCAACCAGAACUUCCGCUACAUCAGCCUCCGCCUCACCGUGAUCUGGGGGCUCGGCGUCUUCGUACGCUACAGCGUGCUCUUCCCCCUCAGGAUUACUCUGGCUACCAUCGGCCUCUCGUGGCUCGUUAUCGGAACCAUUCUGGUCGGAUUUCUACCUGAGAGCAGUGUGAAGAACUGGCUGAGCGAGCUGGUCCAUCUGACCUGCUACAGGAUCUGUGCCAGAGGACUUUCAGCCACCAUCGUUUACCACAACAGAGAAAACAAACCUCAGAAAGGAGGGAUAUGCGUGGCCAAUCACACCACUCCCAUCGACGUGGUCAUUCUGUCCAACGACGGCUGCUACGCCAUGGUGGGUCAGAUCCACGGAGGCCUGAUGGGCGUCCUGCAGCGCUCCAUGGUGCGGGCCUGUCCUCACGUCUGGUUCGAGAGGUCAGAGAUGAAAGACCGCCACGCUGUGGCCAGCAGGCUGAGAGCGCACGUCGCAGCCAAGACCAAACUUCCCAUCCUGAUAUUUCCUGAAGGAACCUGCGUCAACAACACGUCAGUCAUGAUGUUCAAGAAGGGAAGCUUUGAGAUCGGAGGGACCAUUUACCCCGUCACCAUCAAGUACGACGCUCGUUUCGGCGAUGCCUUCUGGAACAGCAGUAAAUACAACAUGGUCAGUUACCUGCUGAGGAUGAUGACCAGCUGGGCCAUCGUGGUCAACGUGUGGUACCUCCCCCCCAUGACCCGACAGGACGGUGAAGACGCAGCUCAGUUUGCCAACAGAGUGAAAUCUGCCAUCGCUCAUCAAGGAGGACUGCUGGACCUGGCCUGGGAUGGAGGGCUGAAGAGAGGGAAAGUGAAGGAUUCCUUUAAAGAGGAGCAGCAGAAGCAGUACAGCAGCAUCAUCGCUGGACCGAAGGAUCAAUAAUAAUAAUAAUUGAUCAUAAU